AUGUUCUCCCCAUUUGUGACUGCAAUGAAAAUACUGUGUCUGGCUGAGUUUGUGAUGGGAAUCCUUCUCAAUGCUUUCAUCGUGGUAGCCAAUGCCGUUUCAUGGAUGGAGAGGAAGCCCCUUGACUCUAUUGACCUGAUUCUGACCAGCUUGGGGCUUUCUAGACUUGCUCUUCUGAUAACAUGGCUGCUUUAUGUCCUAUCAGAAGAUAGGUAUGAGCACAUAGAGAUACUGAAUGUAAUGUCUUCUUUUUUUGGCUUCUGCAGCCUCUGGUUUGGGACGGUUCUGUGCACGUUCUACUGCGUGAAGAUCCCCAACUACAACCAUCGCUUCUUUCUCUAUGUGAAACUGAGGAUCUCCAAGAUGAUCCCGUGGCUGCUAUUAGUAUCGGUGACAAGCUCCUUCAUCAGCAGCCUGCCCAUUGGAUGGAGUAUGGACAGUUCUAUGUUCCACUACAAUUCCACAAAUGGCACAAACAUGGAGACCACCUUGUACCUCCCAUUCUUCAUUUAUGUAGCUGGAAAUUCAGUGCCGUUCUUCAUGUUCUGCGUUGCCAUCACUCUUCUAAUCAGGUCCCUGUGGAACCACACAAGGCAAAUGGCUGCGGGGGAGGUUGGAUUUGGGACCCCCCAGCUUCAGGCUCACUACAGCGCAAUUAGAUGCAUGAUGUCUUUCAUGGUACUGUAUAUUAUCUUCUCAUCCUCUGUGUUCUUGGCUCUUCCAAUGGUGUUAAUGAAUGAUACGUUGCUAUGGUUGUAUCUCUUUAUUGCUGGUUUGUACCCGAGCCUGCACUCUCACAUUCUCAUACUGAGCAACAGAAAGCUCCGACGGGCCCUGUGCUCUCUCCUUUCUUAUACAAGUACAUUUAUCCCCCAGGAGAGGAACAUAUCCCCUUGUCAGUAA